UCAUCAUAAACUAGGACAAAUCAAAAGAGCUUUUGUUUCUUACUUACACACUAGGCAAUAGGCAUCAAUAUCAUUAUUACAUUUCAACACCAGACUCACUCGUGACCUGAUUCGCUUACCAAAACUAACAACCAUGAGCUGGAUUCGUAGACUCGAUCUCAUCGAUCCGUACUACUACACAUGUUCUCCUCUCAUCGUCCGAGAAACCUCCAUUGUCGAACCUUCAUCAUUCUUCAUCCACGACGCCGAAGAAGAUGUUGAAGAUCUCGCUUUCCCUUUCGGAUUGUCAUCGCCUUCCCCACUCGAUCUAUUCGAAACCGUGACGGAUGUGGUCAGGGUGGAGAGAUAUCCGCCGUCUUGCAAGUACCAGCUGGUUCGACGGAGGGUGGAGCCGGAGUAUCCUCUGCAGUAUCUCUGCGACCGAGUUUCCGAGCUGGAGACUAAGUUCGAGCGCUUGGUCGUCGGUCCCAAGGGGCGUGGUGGUGGUGAUUCCGACAGGAAGUACAAGGUGACGAAGGAGAUCAAGGGGUCCGGGGAGAGGAAGUACAAAUGGGAGGCGGAGAUUCAAGGGCCGCCGGGGAGGAAGUACAAGGUUGAGGCGGAGAUGGAGGGAGGAGGGACGGAGAAGAAGUACAAGUGGGAAGCUGAGUUUGAAGGUUCUGGUGAGCGGAAGUACACGUGGUCGACGGAGAUCAAAGGCGGGAAAAUAAAGGAUGUCGUUGCUCUCAAGAAGGCCAAGGCCAAAGCUGCUGAGGCGGAGAGUAAGAAGAAGAAGAAAAGUUACAAUUGGACGACGGAGUUGAAGUCUGAGAGAGAGAACGGAGAGAUGCAGCACACUUACACGAUCAAAGCUUCAACUGGAGGCGAGAAGAAGGAUAAGGUGAAGAAGAACAAGAAGAAGGAGAAGCCACGUGUUGUAGUGAUCGAGGAGGAUGAAGAAGAAGAAGAAGAAGAACAUGGAGCCAUCCUUCUCAGGAAGGCGUAUGCUCGAAGAAGUGGAGCCGUUAGGACCAAGAAGGGCAAGAACAAGGAGAUGCCUCCUGAAUACGCGGCUGCGAUGAUCCAGAGGGCUUUCAGAGCUUAUCUGAUCCGCCGCUCAAAAGCACUACGUGCUCUUCGUGACCUAGCUAUCGCCAAGACCAAACUGAAGGAGCUAAGAGCUUCGUUUCACAACUUCAACUACCGUCGCGUGAUCUCUCGUGAUGCAGAGGAGCGCCAGAAGUUCUCUGAAAAGAUCAUUGUCCUCCUCCUCACUGUUGAUGCCAUAGAGGGAGUUGAUGUGAUGGUUCGAGGAGCAAAGAGAUCAAUGGUGGAUGAGCUGGAAGCAAUGCUGGAGGUUGUAGACCCGCAACCGCAGGGGAAAUCAUUGUCGAUGAGGAGAAGAACAUUUGAUAUGCCAGACAGUUUGAUCCGCAAUGAAAUCGCAGAGGGAGUGACUCAGAUUGUGCAACUGCUUGAAACUGAAGAAGAGUGAUGGAACUAUGUGUGUACGUGAUUCAGAGGCUUGUUUUGUUGUGUCUUGGAAUAAUUAAUUAGCCUCUUUUUGUUUUGCUUAGUGUCUUGAGAAUGUUUCUAAUUAUGGAGAGAACAAAAAUAGUGGGUGUGUCUGUUUAUCAGUCUCAUUCCUCGAAUCUUCUCUCUUGUGUCUUCGUAGUGUGUUUUGUUCUAUCAAUUUAUGUGUUGCCAAACCUUGUAGACUCUUGUUUCUCAAAUUGCUUAUGUUUGAUUCUGCUUGUGUUA